AUGAGGAACACCACAGUGACACACACCGAUGUUCAGUGGUACCAACUGUCCCCAGAGCAAAUUAUGAAGCAGGUUUUAACACAUACAGGAAAUGGCUCCACACAACGGAGCCCAGGAUUCACUGAGCGAUUCCAGCCUUUCAGAGACCCCUCCAAUAUCAGCUUCAUUCUGACCAUCACAAACGUUCAGCCCAAUGACACUGGGGUCUAUUACUGCUCUGUCUGGGGAAAGAUCUAUGGAAGUGGAAGCCAGCUCAUUGUAGACAGUGCAUCUGGUCCAGUCCCUCUCCAGUCUCUGAUAGUGGAACGUGUCACCGAGGGUCACACUGCCCAGUUACAGUGCACCAUGAGGAAUGCCACAGUGACACACACCGAUGUUCGCUGGUACAGACAAGAACCAGGGAGUCAUGUGACGUGGUUAUCCACACGUGAAAGAAAGUAUUCCACACAAUGGAACACAGGGCUCACUACUCGAAUCUCAUUUUCCAGAGACAACUCCAGUAACAGCUUCAUUCUGACCAUCACAAAUGUACAGCCCAAUGACACUGGGAUCUAUUACUGCACAGUGCAGGGAAGGAUCGAAGACAGAGGAAGCCUGCUCAUUGUAAACAGUAUCAAUGGUCCUGUCGUUCUCCAAUCUCCGUGUCUGGAACGUGUCAUUGAGGGUCACACUGCCCGGUUACAGUGCACCAUGAGGAACGCUGUAGUGACACACAACGAUGUUCACUGGUACCGACUGUCCGCAGACCAAAUUAUGGAGCGGGUUUUAACACAUCCAGGAAGUGGCUCCACACAACGGAGCCCAGGGUUCACUGAGCGAUUCCAGCCUUUCAGAGACGCCUCCAAUAUCAGCUUCAUUCUGACCAUCACAAACGUCCAGCCCAAUGAUACUGGGGUCUAUUACUGCUCAGUCUGGGGAAAGGUCUAUGGAAGUGGAAGCCAACUCAUUGUAGACAGUUUCACUGGUCCAGUCCUUCUCCAGUCUCCGAGCCUGGAACGUGUUGCCAAGGGUCACACUGCCCGGUUACAGUGUACCAUGAGAAACGCCACAGUGACACACACUGAUGUUCACUGGUACAGACUGUCCCCAAAGCAAAUUAUGGAACGGGUUUUAACACAUCCAGGAAAUGGUUCCACACAAUGGAGCCCAGGUGUCACAGAGCAAUUCCAGUCUUCCAGAGACUCCUCCAGUAACAGCUUCACUCUGACCAUCACAAACAUGCAGCUCAGUGAUACUGGGGUCUAUUACUGCUCAGUCUGGGGAAGGAUCUAUGGGAGAGGAAGCCAAAUCAAUAUCACCAGUGCAAAUGUCCCAGUCCUUCACCAGUCUCUGAGGCUAGAACGUGUCACCGAGGGUCACACUGCUCGGUUACAGUGCACCAUAAGGAACACUGCAGUGACACGCACCAACGUUCACUGGGACCGGGAGAAACCAGGAAAUAAGAUGGAGUGGGUUUUAACACAUGACAUGAGGAACAUCACACAAUGGAGCCCAGGAUUUACUGAGCGAUUCCAGUCUUCCAGAGAGCCCUCCAAUAACAGCUUCAUUCUGACCAUCACUAACACGCAGCCCAAUGACAUUGGGGUCUAUUACUGUAAAGUGUGGGGAGAUAUCAGUGGGAAUGGAACCCAACUGACUGUUACAGAUCCAUUGGUUGAUCCAGUCCUCAUUCAGGAUCCAGUGGUCAGCAAGGUAGCAGAGGGUGAAACUGCCGAGUUCCAGUGUGCCAUGUACAAUGCCAGUGUGAUUGACACUGAUGUCCACUGGCACUACCAGCGACCUGGCAGCAGCAGGGAGUGGAUGAUAAGCCACUUUGUGAAUGGCACCCUCACCAAGACCCAGGGUUUCCACGAUCGUGUUCAGCUUUCCAGGAAUGUCAGCAGGAACAGUUACACUCUGAGCCUUGUGAAUGUGACGCUCAAUGAUACUGCUGUGUACAGCUGCAGUGUGUGGAGCUACAUCUAUGGAGCAGGGAGCCAGCUCAAUGUAACUGAAGAAUCUUCCCAUGGUAUUCCCCGGACUUCAGAUCCCACUUUAAUCAUUGGCACCAUUCUGGGCCUCGCUGUCUUAAUCUGCAUUGUCCUGCUCACAUUUUACCUUUGGAAACGAAACCUGUGCUCAUCAGUAAAGGACUCCACACAAGGGAGCCCUGUUGAAGACCAGAAUGCUGUGUAUGAAAAUGUAAAUGACUCACUGACAGCAGCUGGUGACCAGUGUCGCCCUGGAGCUUACAGAAACCCUCCUUCAACAGGACACAGAUGGAAUGUGAAGGAUUCUCCAGCAGAUUCUGACUCAACCUACAUGCCAUUGCAGCAAUGGGAUCGCUCUAUUUACAGUGAGCUUUAAGGCCCUAAAGGAACUCCUGAAACCUAAACUACAGAAUCAAUCUUUCUGUGCAAUACCUGGGUCCUGGAACAUAAGGAUUAUCAGAUGCUGACUGCGGGACACUGUUCCCAGACUAUACACACUCAUUGAUAGAAAUUGUAAAUAGUUGAGGCCUCAGCACUGACCCUGUGACAGUCUCUGACUCCAGAAGCACAGUUUAAUUUGAUUAAUGUAUGUCUCCUCUCUGGGCACUUUGGAAUGGCCAACAAAUGCUGGCUCGUUAUUAAUGCCCAAUAUCCAUGAACAAGUGAAAGGUAGGCUUCGCUAGUUACAGCCCGAAACAACUCAUUUAUCAUUGCUGCUUGUUGUUGUAAAUCUAUCCUCUAUUCAUGAUAAAAUGAUCCUCCCUUCAAUGUGAGCUGUUGUUG